AUGCCCAGUCCUCCCAAUGGCCAGUCCGGCCCUGUUGCGAGUUCAAUGAACAGUGAGAGGACUAUUGCUCUCGAAAGUUUUCAUGUAAGAACAGGACUUUCCGGGGACUGUUAUGAUAGCAAGCAUUAUUCUGAGAGAAGGGAAAACUACCAUUCUUACCAGAGGACCUCCUCUCCUGAAGACAGAUAUGCAGACCAAGAACGAUCCCCUCGGGAUAGAGAUUACUUUGAUUAUAGAUCAGAUUAUGAACAUUCAAGAAGAGGACAUUCUUAUGAUGGCAGCAUGGAAUCACGCAGGGACCGAGAAAAACGCAGAGAAAGAGAACGAGAACGAGAUGCGGAUCGGAAACGGUCCCGGAGAACUCCAUCUCCCUUAAGAAGAAGCCCAGAACCCUCAUUGACCCACAGUUCAUCUACUCAGGAUGAACCUUCAGCAAAAAAGAAGAAAGAGGAACUGGAUCCUCUCCUUACUCGCACAGGGGGUGCUUAUAUUCCUCCUGCAAAGCUCAGGAUGAUGCAGGAACAGAUCACAGAUAAGAACAGCUUGGCAUACCAGAGGAUGAGCUGGGAGGCCCUAAAGAAGUCAAUCAAUGGUCUUAUCAACAAAGUCAAUAUUUCUAAUAUAGGUAUUAUUAUUCAAGAACUUCUACAAGAAAAUAUAGUUAGAGGAAGGGGCCUUCUAUCCAGAUCGGUUUUGCAAGCCCAGAGUGCUUCUCCAAUCUUUACCCAUGUUUAUGCAGCAUUGGUUGCAAUUAUAAACUCAAAAUUUCCACAAAUAGGAGAAUUAAUCCUCAAGAGAUUGAUUCUUAAUUUUCGAAAAGGCUACAGAAGAAAUGAUAAGCAACUUUGUCUGACUGCUUCAAAAUUUGUGGCACAUCUUAUUAACCAGAAUGUGGCACAUGAAGUUUUAUGCUUAGAGAUGCUCACUUUACUCCUGGAAAGACCAACUGAUGAUAGUGUUGAAGUAGCUAUUGGUUUUCUCAAAGAAUGUGGCCUCAAAUUAACACAAGUUUCACCAAGAGGGAUCAAUGCUAUAUUUGAACGCCUUCGAAAUAUUCUCCAUGAGUCUGAAAUUGACAAAAGAGUUCAGUAUAUGAUUGAAGUGAUGUUUGCUGUUCGGAAGGAUGGAUUCAAGGACCACCCAGUUAUCCUAGAAGGACUUGAUUUAGUAGAAGAGGAUGAUCAAUUCACCCACAUGCUCCCUCUGGAGGAUGACUAUAAUCAAGAAGAUGUACUUAAUGUUUUCAAGAUGGAUCCUAAUUUUAUGGAGAAUGAAGAAAAGUAUAAAGCUAUUAAGAAGGAAAUUCUUGAUGAAGGUGAUAGUGACUCCAACACUGACCAAGAUGCUGAAAGUAGUGAAGAGGAAGAGGAGGAGGAGGAGGAGGAAGAGGGUGAAGAUGAAGAAGGACAAAAAUUAACUAUUCAUGACAAAACAGAAAUUAAUCUAGUCUCAUUUCGUCGUACAAUUUAUCUUGCAAUUCAGUCAAGUUUAGAUUUUGAAGAAUGUGCUCACAAACUGCUGAAAAUGGAGUUUCCUGAAAGCCAAACAAAAGAACUCUGUAACAUGAUACUUGAUUGUUGUGCUCAGCAAAGAACAUAUGAAAAGUUUUUUGGCUUAUUAGCUGGGCGAUUUUGCAUGCUAAAAAAAGAAUAUAUGGAAUCCUUUGAAGGUAUAUUCAAAGAACAAUAUGAUACUAUCCAUCGCUUGGAGACAAACAAAUUGAGAAAUGUUGCUAAGAUGUUUGCUCACCUUUUAUACACUGAUUCACUUCCAUGGAGUGUUCUUGAAUGUAUAAAACUGAGUGAAGAGACCACAACAUCAUCCAGCAGAAUUUUUGUUAAGAUAUUUUUCCAGGAACUAUGUGAAUAUAUGGGUCUUCCUAAACUUAAUGCAAGAUUAAAGGAUGAGACCUUGCAGCCUUUCUUCGAAGGAUUAUUGCCCCGAGAUAACCCAAGGAAUACUCGAUUUGCCAUCAAUUUCUUUACAUCUAUAGGUCUUGGAGGGUUAACGGAUGAAUUGCGUGAGCACCUCAAAAAUACACCCAAGGUUAUUGUGGCCCAGAAAGUAGAUGUUGAGCCCGAUCCAUCUUCCUCAUCCUCUUCUUCCUCAUCGUCCUCUUCUGAGUCUGACUCCUCUGCCUCAGAUUCGGACAGCAGCGACAGCAGCUCAGAGUCCUCCAGUGAUGAAAGUGACUCCUCAUCCAGCAGCAGUCAAAGCUCUGCCUCAGAUAAAGAUAUAAGAAAGAAGGGUCAAGGGAAGACCAGGAAGAAAGAUGUAGAUAAAUUGAUCCGGAAACAACAGGCAAAUGAUAGGAAACAUGAAGAAAGAAGACCAGACGAAAGGCACCAGGAAACCAGGACUGAGCGGGAAAGAAGAUCAGAAAAGCAUAGAGAUAAAAACUCCAGAGAUCCAAACUGGAGAGAUCCCAUAACAAAAUACACAUCAGACAGAGGUGUUGAACGAAAUAGUUAUAGCAGAGUUGUGCAUGAUGGGGACCAAGAAAUAUAUUCAGAUUUUGAAAGUAAGCAUGGUGACCCCAAAAGGAAGAGAGGAGAAAGAAGAAAUUCUUUUUCUGAAAAUGAGCACAGACAUCGAAAUAAAGACAGUGACAAUUUUAGAAGAAGAGAGAGAUCAAAGUCAAGAGAAAAGAAUAGAAAACAUUCAGGUUCCAGAAGUGACGAUGAUAGGUAUCAAAACGGUGCUGAGAAGCGAUAUGAAAAAUCUAGCAGGUAUUCUGGACAUUCUAGAAAAUCAAAGAAAAAUCAGGACCAACGAAGAGAAAAGUCUCCAACAAAGCAGAAAAAAUAAUUGUACAAAAUAACAGAAAGUGAACAUGCCUUAUAUUUAGUUGAGACAAAGUAUUUUUCACAUUGAUGGACUUUAUAGAGAAUUCUUGUAUAAAAUACUUGUUUGUACAUUUAAGAACUUUUCAUUGCAACACCUUUUUAUAAUUGAUACAUCUCAAGACCCUCCACUUUAAGAUACUUGAAAUGUUUCACCAGAGAGGAAUGUAU